GUUGUGCUCGCGAUUCGCGUAUCUGCUGGGUUCGCUUUAUUGGACCAUCUGUGGCAAUGAAUGGCAAUGUGGAAGAGAAUUUCAAGUGUCCGCUCUGUGAGGCGUACUUUCUAACGCAAGAUUUGCUUGGGAAGCAUGUAAAAGAUGUACACACGACUUAUUAUUACGAUACAUACCUAGCGGUGCCGCUCGUUUUGAAUGAUCUGAGCACGAUCGGUACAACCACCACCGUUAUUACGACCGCGCCUGUGCCGGGAGGAACCGAGGCGGGGCUAGAGAUGGAUGAAGAUGGAUGUUGCUGCGGCAUGUGUCCCUGCUUGGAUGGUUGCUGUGGUGAUGGAGAUGGUUGUUGCUUUGGUUUGUGUUGCUGUGACUGUGGCGAUUGCAGCUGCGGGCUGUGUGAUUGCGAUUGCUCGUGUUCUAUCAUGUGAUGCAGACUGUAUUGCCCUGGAUCCGGGUGCGCCACAUUUCCUAUCGCUUCCGGUGAUCUGGUGAUGAUUAAGCUUAACGACAGUGGCGAAUGGUGAUCUAAUGCGGUGAAAAGAACAUCGAUAUCCGGUGCCAUGCAAAACGUUGUGCAACAGAUAAGGGUCCUUUUUAAAAGAGUAUUCUCCCAAGUGUCUACCUGAAUGCACAACGCCCUUCAACGAGAAAUGUGUUCGUUUAUAUUAUUGGAAAAGAUUGAAGGGGCGCGUUUAAGAAGGUAUUCAAAAUCUGGGAUAAAUGUAUGAGAUAACUAAGCGAGAAAGCUUACAUCCACUGCCAUUGUUUUGGGA